AUGAUCUACUCCACAAGCCUCAUCGCUUUCUUGGCCAGCACGGCUUUCGUGUCUGCAGCUCCAGGUUCCUCCCUAGAGGCUCUCGAGAAGCGGGUUUCUUGCACAUUCACCGAUGCAGACGCUGCUAAAGCCGGAAAGACCGGUUGUACUACAAUCACUUUGAGUAAUAUUAAAGUCACAGGCGGUCAUACUCUUGACUUGACUGGCCUUAACGUGGGUACAAAAGUUAUCUUCGAAGGACUCACCAGCUUCGGCUAUUCUCAGUGGGAAGGUCCUCUUCUCUCUAUCUCUGGACAAGACAUCGUAGUCUCCGGUGCGGCAGGCCAUUCGCUUGACGGAAACGGUCCACAAUAUUGGGACGGACUUGGCUCUAAUGUUAAAAACGGCAAAGGCAAAAUAAAGCCCAAGUUCUUCGCUGCUCACUCAUUGACUGGAUCUUCCACUAUCACUGGUCUACAUUUCGUCAAUGCGCCUGUCCAGUGCAUUUCAAUUGAUUCAUCUGAUGGAUUGUCACUUAUCAAUAUUAACAUUGAUAACUCUGCUGGAGACGCUGGUAAUCUUGGUCACAACACCGAUGGCUUUGACAUUGGUGACAGUAAAAACAUUUUUAUCUCCGGAGCAAUUGUCAAGAACCAAGAUGACUGUGUUGCCAUUAACUCUGGCACUAACAUCACUUUCACCGGCGGAAACUGCUCUGGUGGGCAUGGUCUCUCCGUCGGUUCUGUUGGUGGACGCUCUGGCACUGGAGCCAACGUUGUCAGCGGUGUGAAAUUUCUCUCUUCCACCGUUUCAAAUUCCGCCAAUGGCGUUCGAGUCAAGACUGUCAGCGGCGCCACGGGCUCUGUCAGCGGCGUCACUUUCCAGGACAUUACUCUUGUCGGUAUCACCGGCGUUGGUAUUGAUGUUCAACAGGAUUAUAUGAAUGGUAAGCCAACUGGUAUCCCCACUGCUGGUGUCCCAAUUACUGGCUUGACUAUCAACAAUGUUCAUGGUACCGUGGCUUCUGGCGGUCAAGAUAUUUAUAUUCUUUGUGCAAGCUGCUCAGGUUGGACUUGGACCAAGCCUCUUAUUACGGGUGGAACGGAGGUAAAGAAAUGCCAGGGUAUUCCUACAGGAGCUUCUUGCUAA